AUGCCGUCCAAUGCGGAGCUCUAUACAUAUUACUGCCGGCGCUCUGCGUGUCACCCGAACAGCGCGGUGAAGCGCUACCUCGACGACACAACCAGCAGCCCGCUCGAGGUGGUGGAUGCCUCGGCAAACUACUUGGGCUCGCGCGGCAUCAUUCCUGUUUUGGACCUCGUGAAGAACACCAAGACGGUACAUACGUUGGAUUUGAGCAACAACACGAUGGAGCUGGAGCAGGUGGAGCACCUGGCGUACUGCGUUGCCCUCCACCCAAACAUGCGGACGGUACGCCUGUGCAACAACGGGUUGCACGACAGCCACGUCGACGCGCUGCUGCAGCUGCUGUCAGAAAACGCGUCUAUUGAGCACGUGGCAGUAGAUGACAACAACUUGACGGCGGCCUCCGUGCAGGCCAUUGUACAGGCGCUAGAGAGGAACAAAGCAGUGCGUGCGCAGCGCAGCCGAGAGGAGGAGGAACACAGCACCUACCUGAAGAGCCUCACGCCUCGCGCGCGUCUCUCCUUUCAAGCGCGCCUCUGCGGUCAGAUAUCGACUGCCGAGUCCGGGGGCUACAUUCACUAUGCGACGUGGUGGAGGAACCCGCAGUACGUGGUGAAGCUCUCGCGCUCGUCGCGCGUGUCGUUUGUGCUGGAGUGCACCCAUGUCGAGGUCGCCAAUCAGGUGGGAAUGCUCCUGAUGCGCCACGACGGCGUGCACCGAGUUGUGGAAAUCCUUGCUGACACCAUUGUUGCCGAAAGCACCAUUGAAGAUGAGCGGUGCGUCAUGGAGGCCCACCUUAGCGUUGAUGAUUCGUACGUUUUGAUGCCCUUCUCCUUCAACCCGGGCCGCGCCGUAAACUUUACUCUGUUCGCCACCCUUCGCAACGGCCACAUCGCACAGGAGGAGGGCUGGAUCAUCGUGGAGGAGCUCGAUUCGCGGUACGACUGGUGCACGCGAGCGGUGGAAACGGCCUGGACGAGUGACAAUGCUGGCGGAGGCCCGGACUGCCCCUCGUGGCGGCGCAACGACAUGUAUCACCUCACGUACGCGAACGCAGCCGCGCCAGGGCAGCCGUCCUUUAUGGCGACAGUACACGUACUCCUCAUGAAGGAGGCUGAUCCGUACGAAAAUGAUAGUCGAGCGAUUGGGUUGGACGUUGUCGGCCACGAUGUUCACCACACGACGGCGCCGCCGCUGCUUUGCACCUCCGAAGUCGUGCGCACUUCUUACUCUCACCAGCAAAAAACGUUUAUUUCGUUGCAGUUCAGCAUGCCUGCCACGGAGCUGGAUGUCUUCAUUGUCCCGAGUACGGCGGAGGCGGGGCAGACGGGCACGUACAGCAUCACCGUCUUCAGCUCGGUGUCGGUCGACUUCACGAGAUCCGCGUUCCCGCAUGGGUGGCGCUAUCGCACCGUGAGGGGCCAAUGGGAUGCCGACUGCUGCGGUGGGUGCCGUCAGCUGUAUCAGUCGUGGAAGAGCAACCCGGCCAUCGAGGUGUGUGUCGAGGACGCUGCGAAGGCUCUCGUGACGUGCGUUGAGGUGCACUCUGCAGAAACAGCGACGGCAGUGCAGUGCGUGAAAGAGGCGCAGAAUGCGGAAGGUGAGGUGGCUGCCACUGCUGCCGAAAGGACACUGGAGGCAAUGCAACAGAAGUCAGAGCUGGAGAAGUUUCGUCAACGCCACAGCAGCGCAAAGCGAGAGGUCUGUGUCGCUGUGGUGGGCGUGAACCCACCGUCGUACCCCGAGGUGGCCUCAUCGGCUCUGUCUGAGAAGUCUGCGGUAGUGGUGGCCACCGAUAUUCGGCAGCGCGUCUUCGUCGUGCCAAUGCUCCGCCACGCCGCUGAAACGGCCGCCUACACAUUGGAAAUUUUCUCCUCUUCGUCCUUUGUUGUCUGCGAGGCAAUAGAGCCGCUCGCUGCGCGACAGCGACAGGCGCAGCUGGCCGCCUGCUCCACCGAAAUCGAGCAGCGCGCGGCACAGCGAAACCCGGAGCAACAGGUGUGUCGCUACGGCGCCGACCUGUCCCCCCUGCGUGUAGCGAGACGGGCAAUACUGGAUAGGCUCUACGCAACUGAUCUGCCGUUUGUUGACCGUGAGUUUCCGCGCGGCACAUCGUCCUUGUUCCUGGACCCGGAUGGUGUCCCGCCGCCAGACUUUCCGGUGAUGACGGAGUGGAAGCGCGCGUCACAGCUGAAUGCCUCACCUCACACGCGUGGAGGCGACGCAACCUUCAUGAGCCCACCCUCGCCCUACGGCCCGCGCCACUGGUUCGCCUCGGUGCUGAACUCGGUGGCGGCCAAGCCAGGCUGGCUGUCUCGUGUCUUUGUAGACUACUUCAGAGAGGCCGGAUUUGCGCAGUUUGCUUUCUACAAGCAGAACGAGUGGGUUGGCGUGACAGUGGACGACUAUCUGCUCGUGGACAGCCAAGGCGCGCUGGUGUACGGCCACAGCGCCGCUGCCGACGACAUGCUCUUCCCGUUGGCCGAGAAGGCGUACGCCAAGCUCCAUCGAUGCUACGAGGCGAUGGAGUCGAAGGUGUGCCCGCAGCAGUCGCUGCUGGAGCUGCUGCAUCAGGGGCUCAUGGACAUGUCAGGAGGCCGCUGCUUCACGACGAGAGUGAGGCCCGCGGACGGCUCCGAGCUACCAGCGGAUGAGCGGGAGGCGCUGUGGCGCCAGCUCAAGGCCGGUGUAAGUCAUUCUGUGCUCUGCACGUUGAUGUUGGACAGCCGCAGUAACCGCGCACAGGAGCGCUCGCGUGUCGGUCUUCUGCCAGAUCGUCUCUAUGGUGUGAUGGACGCUCUCUUUGUAGAGCAGCAGCGGCUGGUGAAGAUCCGCAAUUUUGACUCUCAAAAUAACACCGACGCGACGUGGCGGGGAAAAUGGGCGGACAAGAGCUCUCUUUGGACGGAGACGCUGCUGGAGGUACUCCAGUACCGCCCUGAAGAAGACGCCAUAUGGAUGCAGUUCGAUGAGGUGCUCUACUACUUUACGCACUUGCUCGUGACGGAGGUGUGCGCGCACACGACCACUGUCACCGGUAGCUUCGCCGAGUCCACCGCCAGUGACCCCGACGAUGCCGACCUUUCGCUGCUUAACCCGCAAUACGCGCUCACGGUGACGCAAACAUCUGCAACGGACACGGACACGACGCCGAUCGAGGUGCAUGUUGGGGUGCACCGCCGUGACUCUCGCCUCGAUAUCACACGCGCCAAGAACGCCACUGCAGUGUUCAAAACGGCGAUCGGCUUUGCUGUGCUGACCACAGAAGACAACCGCCGACGCGUCUGUCGCAUCACAGACAAGCAGCUCCUACGGCUCGUCACCCCGAACCGGCUGCGCGACGCCUACUGCACGCUACAACUCACCGCUGAGGCACUCCGCUCGCAGCACAUCACCCUCAUGCCGUUCCGCGAACAUAUUCGAGACCCUGACACGCUGUACUGCAUCUCCGCCAGCUGCAGCGGCGCCGCUACGGUGAGGAUCACGCACGUCACCCCCAACACCACGACCACCGUGGCGGGACAAUGGGAUACAAAGGCCGGCACCCCUGAUUCGCCGCUCUGGCGCGACAACCCGCAGUUUUUUCUCUCUCCCUCAGAGGCAAUGGAAGUGACAAUCACGCUGCGCACGGCUCGCCCAACGUCCGGUGUGCUCGGCUUCACUAUCCACAACACGCAGCGGUGUAGCAGUUUACUUACGUUUGAACCCGCCACGGUGGCGGCAAGCGCUGCCGCAGAUGCGGUAGGGGCAACCCCGACGUGCGUGGUGCGUUUAGCCGGUAUGGGGGAAAGGCGUGGGAUGCCAUAUGUGGUGGUGCCGUACUCUUCCUGCAGUGCCGAGGACUUUAGUGUGGAGGUGACCGCCAAUCGUCCAGUGCAGCUGCGACCGAUUGACCCUCGGCUUGACUGGCAUCGGAUGCGGCAGAACGUUUCGAUCAGCGCUGAGAAAGGCAACACCGGCGGCAGCCUUGCAUUUCCGUCCUGGCGCUUCAACACUCAGAUGGCGCUCACGUUCCCGGUGGAGCGCGAGGGCCGUCUUUUCAUAUCCGCCCGGCGCAUCCGCACCGCCGACCCACGCGUGAAGGUGGGCAUGGUGCUAAUGCGCUCUGGUUGCGCCGUGAGAGGCGGUUACCGUCGUCUCCUCACCUACGCAGAGGAGGACGUCGUGGCGCGGUCAUCGGAGAAAACCGGCGAAGCUAUUGUGGACACGGAGGUGAGCCUUUCAACCGAGCAAGGAGCACUGGUGCUGCUGGUCUACGCAGACCAACCGUAUAAGGAGGCCGAGGUGGAGCUGAGCGUGUACGCGGCAGCCACAGUGGACGUGCAACCUGUGGUGGAGUGGGCAAAGGUGCUCUGGAAAGAAGGGAGCUGGGAGCUCGGCACCACCGCCGGUGGAAGCCGCACCCACUUCGCGAACUGGAUCAACAACCCGUUCUACGGCCUCUCGGUAAUUCGUAGUACCAAGGUUGUCGUCCUUCUUGUGCAGUACCCCCGCGACCGUGAGCACCCCAAGGUGCGACGGCAUGGUCAGAAGAAGGCGUUUCUGCCGCCUCCGAUAGAGUUCCAGGAGCGAUGUACCACCAUCGAGCUGAGCAUCGUCAAGUACGACAAGGAUUUGUCAGAGGUGGCAAGUGUAAGUGCGGGAACCGCGGUCGAGGCGUACCUGGUGGCAGAGCUACUACCUGACCACUCGUAUUUCCUCGUGCCGUGCACCAGCGAGCCGCAGCACAACGGCGACUUCAAACUCUUCGUCUUUGCCGACUAUCCCAUCGACUUCUUUGAGGCCGAGAAGCCGCGGCUGCCCUACGUCUAG